ACUCCGUCUGCUUCAUCGAUGCCUAUUUAAGCAGUAUAAGCAACCCUCCCCAAGCCUAAAAUAAACCUCAUUCCGUUUCCUCCCUUCUCAGCUUCCAACUUUCUUCGCAUCUUUGGUUUUGAAAUGAAUCACCAUAACCAACAGCAAGCUCCAGUGGUAUAUCCGCCACCACCCACUUCAUAUCCACCUCCACCUGGUUCAUAUUAUCCGCCAAGUGAGGUCCAAGUCCACCAUCAAGGUCCUUUUGUUGCGCCACCUCCAGUUGGUUACCCAAUGAAAAAUAGUACUGGACAUCCACAACAGACGACUCCUGCCCCAUCAAAGACUCAGCAUAAAGGUGGAUUUGGCAGAGGAUGUUGUGCUGGGUUGUGCUGCUGCUGUCUCCUGGAUGCAUGCUUUUGAUGAGGAUUGAGGAGUGAUUCUCCAUAGUAUUUAUGGCUCCGCAGCUCUCUUCUAGUGCUUGUGGGAGAUUCUUUUUGUUUUUUGUAAUUGAUUAUUUUGAUUCGUUUCAUCAUAUUAAUAAUAAUACGAAUUUUAUAUUAUGUUUCUCUCACGA